AUGAGUCGCAUUAUACGUAUUCCAGGCGGCCUGAUUGGCUGCACUAUUGGCACUCCAGGCAGUUUGAAUCGCCACCAGAUUGGGAUCCGCUUGCAAGGGUGGGCCAGGAUGGACAAAAAACAGGUCGUCCAGGCACUUGGGUGGGAACACCCACCGGCAUUGCUCCGUGUUGGAACGCUGUCUAAAAACGUCAAAAGUGCAUUGAAGGACGAUGUCGCCGUUGCCAAGGAGGCCUUUACUUGUUUGCAGGACGCGGUUCAUGAGGCAUAUGGGGUCAAGAGGCGGGCACAGAGGAUUGUAGUGAUGUAUGUUGAGAGGAUGGCCGUCGGUGAUCUCAUUCCUGCCGAUCGCGAGUAUCUAGAUCUUCUCUGCCCAAGGAUCGUACCUGAGGAGUCCAACAAUAGUGACAACAUUGCACACAUCAAUUCGGACGAUGACGACGACGCCAAAAAGGAUCGCCAGCAGCAGUUUCUGAACGGGUUCUUGCGCUUUCUAUACUCUGGUAACUAUCCACGCGAACAAGGUGUCGGCCGAUCCGUCAAUGGAUUCAUUCAGCGACUCCAGGGAAUGGGCUUGUUUGAUCGUUUGCGGCAGUCUCCUUUGCGCGAGAGAUCUGCUUUGCGCGAGAAUACAGCAUUUCCGCCCACCGAACUUGUGCGAUCUGUAUCUUCCCAGCUGACGGUUGAACUCAAGAAGAUGUACAGCAACGGAACGCGUGAGAUACAAGAGCAGCUGAAGAGACGAAAGGACAAGGUUGAGGGCUCGUUGGUAGGAUGUGACCUGGAGAUUCGCAAAGAGAUGACAGCAGUGGAGAAUUUUCUGGUCUUCAACAGAAUGAGCGGAAACUCGCGCCGGAUUAUCCCUAUGUCCGCUAGCAAAGAUGGAUUUGUGUCCUUUUCAGAAAAAGAGAUUAUCACAUUGUUCUGGAAGAGACCCACCCUCAAGGUCAAGAUUCUGGAGUUGGUAACGCCCGUGUUCCCUGGCUGUCUGGCAUUGACGGAUGUGACGGAUAUCUGGUUGCGCGACCGAGAGCCAGGCUUCGUGAUCAAGAGCCCUCUUUCCGAUGUUGCCCCUGUUGAUCUAACAAGUCGACAGAAGGGCAAAGUAGGAUAUCGAGCCGCUGUCAAGUUGAUGACCAUUUCGGAAAUCAAAGCCCAUCUCCUCACCAUCCGCCAGCCAGCGUUCGACCCUAGAACAUAUGCCACGAAAGGGUAUGUGCUCCGCGGUUCCAUUCGGACGAAUGGUUUCAGUAUUCAACUGGCCGCUUUCAAGUUGAGGGAACUGCAAGCGGUCCGGUUUAGGAGAUUACCAGAAGAUCGUCUGCCGCCUCGCUUGACGACUACAGUGGGCGGAUUGGACUAUUACCUGACGGAGAUUCGCAACAUUGUUCGGACCAAGGAGGACGUUGCACAGUUGUGGCCGAAUUGUGCGCCCGAUCUGAUCAAGAUUCUGUGUCUGGACUUGGGUCAAGCCUGUGUCGUGGGUGCCUACGCCUCAUUGCCGGAUUCAACACGCUCGAACGAUACUAGCAAGGGAAAGAACCAUGCCGCCUCGACUGCCAUGGACAUACCAACCACCUCGACUCUGGCCGCCGUGACCACAUUAACCAGCCCUCAGUCUCAGGUUUUCUAUAACCUAUCGGUAAAACAAAAGGCAGUCUCUCAACCAUCUUUCAAAUUCCGGCGAUGGACAGAGGAGCAGAAGCGGAUUGUCCCUGCAGGCGCCACCGAGUCGGUUGAAGAAAUCGAGUCGAAUUUGCCCCCUCUCCGAGGUGACGAUGCGAGUAUCAUGGAUUACGUGGAGGAGAUCCAAAGGGCGGAGGACCAGUUGAACGAAUUCUACAAUGGCAACAACAUGCGAUACCACCGCCACAAUUUCGAUGCCAGCCGCGCUCGAGAGGAGGAGUUCCGGACAAUUGCGGAUCGACUGCUGAGUAUGAUUGGAGGUUCGGUCGGUGCAAAGAGAAACGAAAGCACUAUGGCCGUUAUCGGCAUUGGGUUAGGGCGAUUUGCGAGCCAGUCAAGAUUAACAUCUCUUCACGGAACGUUCUUCGCUUUCUUUGUGUGCCUGAAGUGCCCUCGCUGCCAGGCCUUCGUGGCGCAGGUUACGAUCCGGAGAUUGUUCUGCAAGACCUGUAGUAUGUACUUCCACAGGGAUGAGAUGGCGGCACACAACAUGGCCAAUGUGGUUCGCGGCCACCUUCUGGGCCAACAGAGACCCGACUACCUCCAACCAGUCGAUGCACAGGGCCGAUAUCCUUGGAAGGAGGACCUCAGUAGCAGCGCAGACGGAGCUGGAAGUAGCAAAAGUACCUCACCCAACACCGAUGCCAAGCCCAAGUCAAGUCAACCUCGGCAGUCCAGGAAGCGCAAGGCGAUCGAUGACACUCAGCCCCCGCCAAGUCCAACCCGGUUGUCGAAGCGCAAGGCUGUGGAGGAGGCGGACUAA